AUGAGCGUACAAACGGACUCGGAGAAGCGUAAGCAAAUAUCUGUUCGUGGUAUUGUAGCCGUAGAAAAUGUUGCUGAAGUGAAGAAGGCUUUUAAUCGUCAUGUGCAUUAUACGUUGGUUAAGGACCGGAAUGUCGCGACUCCAAGAGAUUAUUACUUUGCCCUUGCACAUACUGUUCGAGAUCAUCUUGUCUCACGUUGGAUAAGAACCCAGCAGUACUACUAUGAAAAGGAUCCCAAGAGAGUGUACUACCUUUCGUUGGAAUAUUACAUGGGCCGUUCUCUUCAGAAUACUAUGAUAAAUCUGGGUAUCCAGGGCACAGUUGAUGAGGCUUUGUAUCAGUUGGGUUUAGACAUUGAAGAGUUAGAAGAAUUGGAAGAAGAUGCUGGUCUUGGUAAUGGUGGUCUGGGACGUUUGGCUGCCUGUUUUCUUGACUCCAUGGCCACACUUGGAUUAGCGGCAUAUGGUUAUGGUAUAAGAUAUGAAUAUGGUAUCUUCUCGCAAAAGAUUGAAAAUGGCGAGCAACAAGAGGAGCCUGAUGACUGGCUCCGCUUCGGUAAUCCAUGGGAAAAGGCGCGACCGGAGUUCAUGCUACCCGUCAACUUCUACGGUCGAGUAGUCGACACACCUCAGGGAAAGAAGUGGGUCGAUACGCAGGUUGUGUUCGCAAUGCCAUACGAUAACCCGAUCCCCGGCUACAACAACAAUGUGGUCAAUACGCUGAGGCUUUGGUCCGCGAAGAGCCCGGUUGAUUUCAACCUCAAGUUCUUCAACUCCGGUGACUACAUUCAAGCUGUACUUGACCGAAACGUCGCCGAAAACAUCUCAAGAGUUCUGUACCCUAAUGACAAUUUCUUCGAAGGCAAGGAGUUACGUCUCAGGCAGGAAUACUUUAUGUGUGCGGCAACCUUGCAAGAUAUCAUAAGAAGAUAUAAAGCAUCCAAGUUUGGAUGUCGAGCUCCCGUUAGAACAACGUUCGAAAGUCUCCCUGAAAAAGUUGCAUUACAACUUAACGAUACUCAUCCCGCAUUAGCUAUUCCUGAGCUCUUGAGAAUUUUAAUUGACAUAGAAAAAGUAUCGUAUGAAGAAGCUUGGGACCUAGUGGUGAAGUGCUGCGCAUACACCAACCAUACUGUUCUGCCUGAAGCGUUGGAGAGAUGGCCCUGCUCCAUGCUGGAGAAUUGUUUACCCAGACACAUGCAGUUGAUAUACCAGAUCAAUUUCCUCCAUCUUCAAGAGGUGCAGAAACGCUGGCCCGGCGAUGUGGAUCGCUUACGUCGUAUGUCAUUGAUAGAAGAAGAAGGAGAAAAACGAGUAAACAUGGCACAUCUUUGCAUAGUCGGAUCGCACGCUGUGAACGGUGUCGCCGCCAUUCACUCGGAGAUUCUUAAAACCACUAUCUUCCGCGAUUUCUACGAAAUGUCACCGGAGAAAUUCCAGAACAAGACCAACGGGAUAACGCCUAGGCGAUGGUUGUUGCUGUGCAAUCCUGGUCUGUGUGACCUAAUUUGCGAUAAGAUCGGCGAGGAUUGGACUGUGCACUUGGAGAAACUGCAGCAGCUGAAGCGCUGGUCGAAAGACCCUUCUUUCCAACGUGCAGUUAUGAAGGUCAAACAAGAGAACAAGCUACGACUUGCUUCUCUGAUCGAAAGGGACACCGGUAUAAAAAUUAACCCGGCGUCAAUGUUCGAUGUUCAAGUUAAGCGUAUUCAUGAGUACAAACGUCAGUUGCUAAACAUCCUGCAUGUUAUAACAUUGUACAACCGUAUUAAACGCGACCCCACUGCUGCGUUCACUCCCAGGACUGUGAUGAUCGGCGGGAAAGCGGCGCCCGGCUACUACAUUGCUAAACAGAUUAUAGCUCUUGCUUGCGCUGUCGGGAACACCGUAAACAACGACCCGGAUGUGGGCGACAAGCUGAAGCUGAUCUUUUUGGAGAACUACCGCGUAUCGCUGGCGGAGCGCAUCAUGCCGGCCGCCGACCUCAGUGAGCAGAUCUCCACGGCCGGCACCGAGGCGUCCGGCACCGGCAACAUGAAGUUCAUGCUCAACGGCGCUCUCACUGUCGGUACUAUGGACGGUGCUAACGUUGAAAUGGCGGAAGAAGCUGGAGAGGAGAAUUUGUUUAUAUUUGGUAUGAGAGUUGAUGAUGUAGAGGCUCUCAAACAACGUGGGUACAACGCAUACGAGUACUACGAGCGCAACCCGGAGCUGCGGCAGUGCAUCGAGCAGAUCCGCAGCGGGUUCUUCUCGCCGGGCGAGCCGGGCCGCUUCGCCAACGUGGCCGACGUGCUGCUGCAGCACGACCGCUUCAUGCACCUCGCCGACUACGACGCGUACAUUGAAGCCCAGGAGAAGGUCUCCGCCGUUUACCAGAACCAGGCGAAAUGGGCCGAAAUGGUGAUCGAAAAUAUCGCGUCAUCUGGCAAGUUCUCAUCCGACCGUACCAUCGCCGAGUAUGCGCGGGAGAUCUGGGGCGUGGAGCCCACCUGGGAGAAGCUGCCCGCCCCCCACGAAACUGCUUAA